ACCCCCGCUCUUGCUCACCAACGGCUCCGACGCUCUGAUUCCGAACACGGUCACCCCGAGUCACUCCCCUGCCCGGAACCCAUGCUGCGUGUCUGCCGGAAGAAAAACUUUCUGACUUCGUGGUCUCAACGCGGCGUGAGAUGUGUGUCGAGUGACGCGCCCGUGAUUCCGAAACCGCUCAUAGCAGUCGAGAGGAUCAUUGCGGAUGGAAUAAAAGCGACUGGCCCCAUAUCCUUCGCGACAUACAUGCAAAUGUGUCUCUCGCACCCCACUCGCGGAUACUACAUGAACCCUAACAAUGCUAUCUUUGGCGCCAAGGGAGACUUUGUGACCAGCCCGGAGAUCAGCUCGCUGUUUGGAGAGUCGAGUUGUUAGGCAUCUGGCUAAUGUCGCAGUGGAUGCAAAGCAGCUCUCAGUUGCCCAUUCGUGUUGUUGAGCUCGGCCCAGGACGUGGAACUUUGAUGCACGAUGUGCUGAGGGUCGUUUCUCAAUUUGCCAAGGACCGCCUGACAGCAGUCCACCUCAUCGAAACGAGUCCAACAUUACGCGCUGUACAAGAAAGUCGGCUGUCCGCCAGUGCUGGGCAAUAUGGUUGCACGCUCGAAUGGCAUGACUCUAUUGAGCGUGUUCCUCCCAGCAGCGAAGAGUACACGAUGGUUCUUGCCCACGAAUUCUUCGACGCUCUCCCGAUCCAUACCAUCCAGAGGACGGAUAAGGGCUGGCAGGAGAUUCUGAUUGCACUGAACGAAACUGAGGGAGACGACAAGUUCCGCUAUGUGAUGACCCCAGAGCCCACCGCCGCGUCGAUGCUCCUUGGCCUGUCCUCGUCUCGCUUCCAGCAGCUGCCUGUUGGAUCCCGAGUAGAGGUGUCUCCCGUCGGCUUCCGGAUCAUGCGUGCCAUCGGAGAACUCAUCAACGGGCGGGGUUCUGGUCUGAUUGUGGAUUACGGGUCUGCAGGCGCGUCCGACCAGUCUUUCCGGGCUUUCAAGAACCACGAGCUGGUGGACAUCUUCCAUGCACCGGGUGAAUGCGAUCUGACGGCGAAUGUGGACUUUUCGUAUCUGGUCGAGUCUGUGCAGGAUUUAGUUCCAACCCAUGGACCUAUAACUCAGGCGGACUUCCUAGAAGCCAUGGGCUUGAAGCUGCGAGUGGAAACGCUUGCUAGCCGGUUGUCGUCGGCCAAGGAAAAGACAGCCAUAGAAGACUCCGGGCAACGGUUGGUCGAUCGUACCGGGAUGGGAUCGCAGUACAUGGUGCUGGGUGUGGGUGGACAGAAGGAAGCGUGGCCUUUCGCAGUGCCAAAAUAGCUUGCUCAGUAAUGGUGAUGGGAUCCAUUAGUCUGCUCGGCUCUCAUCGAUGUGCCCUGGACGUUAUGGCAGAGUAGCUUAGUGCUACGAGUGUAGUUCGCUUUAUGCGUCGAAACCCACUCCCCAGCGUCCUCCACACUUGUCUCAUAUAAAAAGACUGCGCACAAGGAUGCAAGAUUACGUCGACUAUCUGGUAGGGCCGCCACGCGCUGCAAAUCACAAAUCCCGCAUGCCGCGGCAAAAUCGCACGUGGAAUGGACGCGCACUCUUCCAAUCUCACUCUGACUCUGAGACUCAGUUUCUCUUCGCCAUCAUGACCACUCCAUCCAAGCCCGUCACCAUAGCGGGGCGUCCCCGUGCGGAGCCCAUAGACGGCGUCUCAGGCUCGUUCUCCACGACGUACGGCACCCCCGAGCUCCGCGCCCUACGGGCCCAAUACGCAGGGACCCCUCCACCGCCGAAUAUCCCCCUCCGCGCGCCAGGCUCAGCCUCCCCGGCACCGGGCGUGCGCCCUCUCCCGGACGUAUCGAUGCAGGGCUCGCCCGCCUCAGCGGCGCUGGGCCUGCCUGCCUCAUUCAGCAGCGCGAGCCCCGCUCUGCAGCCCCGCACCGAGCGGAGCAACAGCAACACCACGGCGACGCCCAACAUCGACCUGGAGGAGCUGACCGACGAGGAGAAGGCCCGCGUGCUGCGCCUGCAUCUGGUGUCGAAGCAGGAGCGCGAGGCUGCCGCGGGUGGCGCUGCGUCGUCCGAUGUCGAAGCUCCGGUGGGCGGACCCAGCUCGAGACGCUCGUCCUUCCGGGCGCCUCAGGCGCCGAGGGAGGCUGAGGCGGAGCCCGAGACGUUCCCUAUUCCGUACCACGCCCCGGGAGCCGAUGUGACUCACGAUAUCUACAAGUGGCAGUCGGACCAGCGCAGGCUCGCCGCGCGCACGCGGUCGCACUCGGUCGUUCUCCCGCCGUCGACGGCACAGCACCCGGCGUUCGAGCACAUCCACGAGCCAGGUGGCUUCCGUCGCAACUAUCUGCUCCUGCGUGCCAGCGAACGUGGGGAAGAUCAGCCGCCGAUCCUCAACAACUUUAUCGAGUUCCUCUACAUCUUCGGACACUUUGCUGGAGAAGACUUGGAGGACGACGAAGGGGAAGAAGACGAAGAGGAUGCCGAAGCUGCCGCCGCCGGGCCACCAGAUGAAAACGAACCGCUCCUGGGCACCUCCUCUGGUGCUCGCACUGUGACCAAGUCAAGGCGUGCUCACGCCCGUCGGCGCACAUCGACUUCUCGGGGUCCCCAUGGAACGGCGACCGUUCCCCAAGCCGUGCUCAUGCUGCUGAAAGCAUUUGUCGGCACUGGCGUGCUCUUUUUGGGAAAAGCGUUCUUCAACGGAGGAAUCCUUUUCUCGUCCCUGCUGUUCGUCUUCAUCGCUCUGAUCUCGCUGUACUCCUUCCUGCUCCUCGUCUAUACCAAGUUCGUCGUUUCUGGCAGUUUCGGUGACAUCGGCGGAAUUCUCUACGGACCGUGGAUGCGUUACCUCAUUCUAGGCUCCAUCGUCGUUUCGCAAAUCGGAUUCGUCGCGGCGUACAUCAUCUUCGUAUCACAGAAUCUGCAAGCCCUGAUCAUGGGCAUUACGCACUGUCUGACGCUGGUGCCGCUCCACUGGUUGAUUCUGGCGCAGACUGUCGUGUUCUUGCCGCUCGUUCUGUUCCGGGACUUGGCCAAAUUGAGUACCACUGCGUUGGUCGCGGAUGGAUUCAUCCUCGUCGGCCUGGUGUACAUCUUUGGCUCGGAGAUAUCGAUCGUGGCCGAGCGCGGAAUAGCGGAUGUAGCUCUGUUCAAUCCCAAGGACUUUUCGCUCUUUGUUGGCGUUGCCGUGUUCUCGUUCGAGGGUGUUGGAAUGGUUAUCCCUAUUACAGACGCUAUGCGCGAGCCGCACAAGUUCCCCAAGGUCCUCACUGGUGUCAUGCUCGGUGUCCUCGGUGGUCCUCUUUGGUGGCGCUGGUGCUCUUGCUUACAUGACCUUUGGAUCCGAAGUGCAGACUGUUGUUCUGGUCAACCUCGAUGCCUCGAGCAAGAUGGUCCAAUCUGCACGUCCUUCUCCACACUCUCUGUAGCCUUGCGUAGUGCUGACUCUCCACAGGUGCAAUUCAUCUACUCGCUCGCGAUCAUGCUGUCGGUGCCUCUGCAACUGUUCCCCGCCAUCCGUAUCAUCGAGAAUGGGAUCUUCACGCGCAGCGGGAAGGUCGACUUCCGUGUCAAGUGGUCCAAGAACAUCUUCCGGUUCACGAUCGUCUUCCUCUCGGCGUUCCUCAGCUGGCUCGGGGCUGCGGACCUGGACAAGUUCGUUGCGUUCAUUGGAUGCUUUGCCUGUGUCCCGCUGUGCUACGUGUACCCGGCGAUGCUGCAUUUCAAGGCGUGUGCCGACACGCCGCGUAAAAAGGCUGCUGAUAUCGCCAUGAUCGUGUUCGGUCUCGUCGCGGCGGCGUACACGACCCUGCAGACAGUCAAGUUGAUGAUCGAGCCCGACAACAGCGGUCCUCCCGUCUUUGGCAAUUGCUGAAAGCGCUUUGUGCAAAGCAAAUAAUCAAUGAAGCCUCAAGUUCAUGUUCAUGUAGGCGGCGCAAACUACUGGGACCGCGAUAUGCGAUAGAAUCUACUUGUUAUCUACUUACUACCAACACAUACUAUCUGUACCGCACUCCGCUGCGAGUCUCCACAAACGAAUGGACACAUUGUGCGACCAGUGGCCACUGGCGAUCUGAGCAUGUAUGGUGCCGAAUCGACACGUGACGAUCCUAGUCUCUUGUCUCUUCAA